CAUGUGUGCAGUAGCAGCAGCAGUAACGCUGUAACCUUUUACCCACUUUCAUUGCCGCGAGUUCUCACGCUUCCUCAGCUCUAUAUAAAGCAGCCAUAACCGAGGCUACAGUACACACCAUCUUUACGACUAGCAAGCACAUUGCUUCAGUAACUCAGCACCAGGAUGCUAUCCAAUCUUACUCGCUGGGUGUCCAGAGGUGCGCUCCAGGCACUGAAGGGGGCAACCAGUCGGCCUCAGCUGGUCAAGACUCCUCAUAUUGGGAAUCAGACACUGGCAGCGACGCCUCUGCCCUUCAAUGGGGGUAGUCCAGGAGUAAGGCUGGCCAGAGCGCUGGAGCAGGAUAGGCUACUGCAGAUCAGCUGGGAUGAUGGGACCUGUAGUUUGUAUCCAUUCACCUGGCUGAGGGAUAACUGCCAAUGUCCUUCCUGCAUGCUGCAGUCAGCGCAGGCACGCAGCCUGCUCCUUUCAGAUUUGGAUGUGCACACCGGGAUGGACCAAGUGCAGCUGAUGGACAAUAAGGUGUCCAUUACUUGGCCAGAUCAGCAUAGUAGUGAAUUUGAGCCAGAAUGGCUGAAGAAAAGGUGCUUUUCUUCUGAGGCAAGACAGGCUCUCCAAGAGGAAUUCUUCCUUAAUGAGCGUGAAUACUGGGAUUCUGGUCUGCAGAUCCCAACAGCAGAUUUCGAGGAGGUUUUGCAUGAUGAUAAGGCUGCACUGGCCUGGCUUGAGGCUCUGAGACGCAUUGGCGUUGUCUACCUGAGGGGAGCGCCAGUGGAGCAGGGCCAAGUGGCCAGACUGAGCCAGAGAAUUGGCUAUCUCCGGCUCACCUUUUAUGGACACACGUGGCAAGUGCAGGACAAGCCUAUGGCUAACAAUGUAGCGUACACUUCUGGUAAACUGAGCUUGCACACAGACUACCCUGCUCUGCACUAUCCACCUGGGGUGCAGUUCCUGCAUUGUAUCCGUCAGGCUGACCAGGGUGGUGAGAGUGAGGUGGUUGAUGGGUUUCACAUGGCAGAGCUGCUCAGGAGGGAGAAUCCGGAGGCAUUUAACAUCCUCUCCUCUCUUAGGGUGGACUUCACAGACAGUGGUGCUGACUACUGCGACUUCAGCGUGCAGUCCAAAAACCACAUCAUAGAUGUGGACUCUGAGGGUCGAGUUGUGAGGAUCAACUAUAACAAUGCCACACGAGACUCCGUGCUGGAUCUGCCUGUGCACCAGGUUCAGCCCUUCUACUCCUCACUAAAGGCCUUUGUGGAUCUGCUCAACAGGCCUGAGAACGUGUUCACAUACAGAAUGGAACCAGGUGACUUGGUGACCUUUGAUAACUGGCGUCUGUUGCAUGGCCGAAGGAGCUACCUAUCACAAGGUCAGAGCUUCAGACAUCUGGAAGGAGCAUAUCUGGACUGGGACGAGGUCAUGUCCCGUCUCAGGAUCCUCCGCAAGGCUGUCCAUGGAGACAGCUAGACCGUCCCCUGCAGUGAGAGUGACUGAUAGAACGCAAAAGUUAUAUCUGAUCAGUCCUCUGGUUUUGGGCUAUUGUUGCUUUAUGGGAACUUGAACAACUUUUCACCUCAGACAUCUUCAGAUCGUAGAAGGGAAAUGUUCUGUCGAGGCAUUUAAAUUUUGCCAAGUAGAUAAUCGGUCUUUUGGUAGUUUAUAAAUGCUAGUAUUUUGGCUUUUUGCUGAUAGAAAGGCUAGCUCUUUCUUGCACU